UUUAAGUUAUAUUAGGUAACUUGCUUAGUUGGAUCCUAGUCAUUGGGUAUUAUUUGAAAAAAUUGGGUAUUUUACAUAGAAAACUAAAGGAAAGGGUUGUAGGUGAUUUAAAAUGAAUUUUAUGGGUCUAAGUUCAAUUUACUAAAAAAAUAAACAUAUUAAUAAGUGAGGAACCAAAAUGCAAAACCAUGAUAAAAGUACUAAAACAGAAACUUCUUCUUACUUGACGGAUCUGCAUCCUCUAAUUUACUUUUUGAUCAUUUUUGCUCCUUUUUAAUGUAACUGCCAACCUAUUUUCUUCAUAGAUAUAAUCCUCUCAUUUAUUUAUUUUUAUCAUUUUCUUCCCUCUUUUUCAUCAAUUCAGCUGCUACUCAUUUAUACAUUUUCAUUACUCUCUCCUUUUGGAUCCUCUCUUUUAAUUUUUCAUCAUUUUCUCCCCCUUUUAAGUUUAUACAUGCACAAUGAAACUGAUCCAAUAUAGAGAGAGAGAGAGAGAGAGAGAGAGAGAGCCAACUCUCUCAAAAAACCAAAAUCCAAUAGUCAACUUUUAUUUAAUUUUCUUUUUUUGAACUUAUCAUUCUCACUCUUUUUUUUUUUUUUUUCCGCAACGUCUAUCUCUUUUGGGGUGGGGGUAGUUAGGCUGGGGUGUUUGGGUAAGCUUGGUAGCAUCAUUAUAUAUAUGCACUAAAUGCAUAAAAAUUACAUCCAAGAACAAUCUCUCUCUCUCUCUCUCUCUCUCUCUCUCUCUCUCUCUCUCUCUCUCUCUCUCAACAUUUGCUCUAACAAUGGCUCCAACUGCAACAGCCCCUGAUGCUCACAACUCCAAAACUUUCGAUGUUAUUCUGGGCAAGGUACCAGAUGACUUCAAGUCAUUGCAUGAGAUACCAGAAGAGUAUGCAUGGACAAACCUCAAUGAACAUCCAUCUUUAGACUCAGAUUCUGUGCCCAUCAUUGAUCUAAAUGACCCAAAUGCCUCCCAACUCAUAAGCCAUGCAUGCACGACUUGGGGUGUGUUCCAACUCAUAAAUCAUGGCGUCCCCAACAAUGUGGUUGAAGACAUGGAAUCUGUUGCUCAAAGCCUCUUCUCUCUACCAGCCGAACAAAAGCUCAAAGCAGCCCGAGGACCCGGUGGCAUUUCUGGUUACGGCCCCCAGCUCAUAUCUGCCUUUUGGGAUAAGAAACUUUGGUCUGAGUGCUUCACUAUUCUUGGUUCACCACUUGAACAUUAUGCCAAACUUUGGCCCCAAGGGUACACCAAAAUCUGUUCUAUUACCGAAGAAUAUGAUAAAGAAUUGGGAAGGCUUUGCUCUAGGCUGAUGUGGAUAAUGCUUGCCUCAUUAGGUAUAUCCAAGGAAGAUGUCAAAUGGUCUGGCCCCAAAGGUGAUAACCAAGAGGCACAUGUCCUCCAGUUGAAUUCUUACCCUGCUUGUCCUGAUCCGGAUCGGGCCAUGGGUCUUGUUGCCCAUACUGAUUCAACCCUUGUCACCAUUGUCCACCAAAGUAAGAUCUGUGGCUUGCAAGUUUUCCAAGAGGGCACCGGUUGGUUUACGGUUCCACCGGUUCCCGGCGCUAUGGUAGUCAACGUCGGUGACCUCAUGCACAUAUUAUCUAACGGGUCGUAUGUGAGUGUCCUCCAUCGGGUACUGGUGAACCAAACUCAGCCCCGUCUAUCAGUUGUUUAUACUUAUGGACCACCAGACAAUGUCCCAAUCUCACCAAUACCAAAACUACUAAGCGCAAGCCACCCUGCCCUCUACCCACCCGUCACCAAUUGGAGUGAGUACAUUGACACCAAGACAAAGCUCAAGGGCAAGGCACUUGCAUCACUCCGGCUUUAUGAGCCUCGUACAAAUUGAUCGUGUUGUUUCGUAGGUCUGAAUGAUCAGACAGUAAGAAUAGAAGUAAUUACCAUAUCAAAUAAAAUCUUCCGUGGUCAAAAUGUCACGUGCGUUUUGCUUAUAUGUGAAGUUUGUAUUGGCCGCUAGUGCCCAAGGACCUUGUUAUGAAAGAUAUAGUGGGAAAAUUGUCCAAUUUGAAAUGUUUCAGUAAUUGGAGCAAAAAACCAGCAUCUUUGCCCC